AUGCUGCAAACCAGAUCGCAACGUGUACCGAACGCGAUGCCCAGGGCAGAUGCUCCUGUGGCAGCCAGCAGGUUGAACGAACAUACACACAGACUGCAGACGUUUUUCAACUCGGCGAUGGAACGCUUUUUGAAGGAACAACGCGCCGCGCAGGGAACGCCAUCAGUGCCCCUGAUGAGAAGAACGGAGCCGCAGAACGUCGACAUGGCGUCUAUGGAAUCCGAGCAUGGAGAAUAUGACCAGGACGAUUUGGACCUCUCUGUCUCCCGUGAAGCGACAGCAGUCACCGCUGCUACAACGACUGGACUGCCAGCGAUCGCCCCUUGCAUUUGUUUGUCUGCUAUGUCGGAAUCCAAGGAGCUCUCGGGGAAGGACGAUGACGAGGAUCGCGCACGGGCUUGGAUCAGCAAGGUGAAGUCAGCUUUCGUCCGCGAUCAGGCCCGGUCGACGAGACGUGUUUGUCGAACCACGAGGGGCGACUGGAAGGAUCUCCUGCGCGAGCUCCAAGUUCAGCUCUGCGGACUCGGAGUCUCGGUCGCGAGACAAUACUACCAUGCUACGAAGCGCGCUGAUGAUACACCGCUGGAAUACCUGCACCGACUAAAUGUCGCAGGAUUGAGAGCAAAACUGCGCGUGAAGAGCGGCCCAUCUGACGUUAGCCCCGAGCACGCGGAACACUUCAUCGAGACCCUGGACUACCGCGAUCUUGCCGAGCAGCUGGCGUGGAUGCGUAUCUCGGAUGCUGGUGCGUUGGAAGAGGUACUGCGGGUGAGACAGCAAGACCGCCAGUUCCGACGCCACGAAGUCGGCUCCAACGCGCAAGGUGCAAGCCAUCGUGACCGCGAACCUACCAGAAAGCGACAGCGACUCUGGUCUUAG